UGUCGCGGGCGCAGAUCCCCUGUUUAGCAUCGCGCAGGGUGAGCGAAUCCUCAGCGGACGAUAGCUGUGAACCCUGUCCCUGCGGCAGCAGGGAAGCCGCACCCUUUCUCAUCGGACAGCGCGACGUCGUCGGUUUCAUCUGGCUCCACGGGGACGUCGGUCGUGGCUCGCUUUGAUUGGUGGCCCCAUAACUCAUCUCCUUCCCUCCUCCCUCGGGCAUUGGGAGAAUCCGCUGCCCCCUUUCCCGGUCCUCUUUUAGCCCUCCCGGUCACGUCCAAAACCCUAAUUUCCUCCGCGGAUAAGAGGAACGAGACCCCAUUUCGCAUCCGGAUCCUUGCAUUUGCCUAUCCCAUCCAAGUUUUCGAUCCAUUGUCUCGCCUCUUGGUCGGAUUCACGGUGGCAGGGGAACGAACCGGUCAAUUCGGAUGUGAAUCAGGUCGUUCUUGGCGGUGAGGAUGCGAAUCCUGAGCGCGAUCAGGAUCUCCAAUAAUCUAUGCCUCCGCGGAUGAGAUGCCUCACCGGCUCGAUUCCGAAGAACCCACCCUCUAGGAGAUUGCUUACUCCGAGAUCGCGACGGGUUCAAUUCUUCACGCCGGACAUGCUAGAGACCGUUCACGAGAUCGCCAUUUAUAUUCACCGGUUCCACAACCUCGAUCUAUUCCAGCAAGGAUGGUAUCAGAUAAAGAUAAGCGCAAGAUGGGAAGACGGCAGCCUGGAAUCUUGUGGUACUCCGUCCAGAGUUAUUCAGUAUGAAGCUCCCAAUAUAGUCUCAGAUGAUAUUUUUGCUGUUUGGAGGAUCGAUGAUGCUGAUCAUAGUUUCUUUACCCAUCCAUUCAAAAUCAAAUAUGCUAGACAGGAUGUUCCUCUAUCUAUCAUGGUGUCUUUCAAUUUUGCUACAGGGAAAUAUGAGAGACCAGCAAGUUCUGCGGCAAUACUAAAGUUUGAGCUCAUGUAUGCUCCAAUGUUCGAAAAUGGCCAUGAAAUUCAGGCCUCUAUUGAAAUGUUUCCAACUGCAGUCCAUGAAUUCAGGAUUCCUCCUAAAGCACUACAUGGUCUGCAUUCAUACUGUCCUGUUCAUUUUGAUGCUUUCCAUGCAGUGCUUGUUGAUUUAAGUGUACACAUUGUUUUCCUGAAAUCUGGUACCAGCAUUCAAGAGAAGGUAUCAAGUACUUCUCUAAUGGUGGAGAAUAUUGCUGAUGAAUAUUACGGAUCCAAUCAGAUAUUAGGUCAAGGGUGGAGCCCAAAAGCAAUUGAAAUUGUGAAGUCACUGUUUGUUUCACGUGAGAUACUUAUGGAAGAAAUAAGAAACCUAAGCAAAGCGAUUGGACAAAAAAUUGAUGAUUUACAUAAUGCUGACCUCAAUCUUGGUAAAUUUGAGUUUAUUGGUUCUUCAUUGAGAACUGAUUUAUCUACUGCAAACACGGGCAUUUCUGGGUCAAGUAUGGGUGUUGGACACUUAGCUGGCAUGCUACAGAAUAUUCUGGAGAAAUCGAAUGGCACUGUCGAUUUUGAGAAUGAUGUCAUGCUCUACUCUUUGUCCAAGGAAGAACUGCUGGAUGUAUAUUUCACAAUGGGAAACCAACUCUCUUUUUUGUGGAAUACAUUUUUGAACUUCCAUAGGAUAAAUAGAAUUGCAAUAAUUGAACAUCUCCAUGGUGUUUGGGCUAUGGAUCGGAAGGCAGAAUGGUCCAUAUGGAUGGUUCAUUCGAAGAUUGAAGUUCCCCACCGGUACUUGAAAAGUGGAGCUGAUGAUUCUUCUCACCAUAAUGCACUUGGAAAAGUAGUAGGUGUGAGGAAGUCCAAUGAUGAGCCAGCUCAAGGUGCAACAACACGCGCUGAACUUCACCGGAGAAGUAUUGCCCAGAUGAAAAUAAACAGCCACUCAAUUCAAGACAUGUAUAUUUUUGGUGAUCCUUCACAUGUUCCUGUUGUUCUAGUAGAACAACAUGUCAUUGAUCUUCCUAACAAUUCAUCCUCGCAUAGUCCGGAUCCAAAUGAUGCUGCAAUACCUACUGGCCCUGGUAAAAAUGUUGUACCCAAAUUCAGUUUGGGACCCAAAAGAAAUUGUCGUGUACUACGAGCAGUUGUGUUUGUGCAUGGAUUUCAGGGGCACCAUCUUGAUUUACGACUUGUUCGGAAUCAAUGGCUUUUGAUAGAUCCUGGAGCUGAAUGUCUCAUGUCAGAAGCUAAUGAAGAAAAGACAACAGGAGAUUUUAGAGAAAUGGGUCGAAGGUUGGCUUUGGAAGUGGUUGCCUUCCUUAGGAAGAAAAUGGAUAAGCUUUCAAGAUAUGGAGGCUGUAAAGUCACAAAGCUUAGUUUUGUUGGGCAUUCUAUUGGAAACAUCAUCAUCAGGAGUGCCUUAACAGAGAGUGUAAUGGGACCUUUCUUGAAGCACUUGUAUACAUAUAUGUCAAUAUCAGGGCCACAUUUAGGGUAUUGGUACAGCUCAAACUCUUUGUUCAAUUCAGGAUUGUGGCUUUUGAAGAAACUCAAAGGAGCUCAGUGCAUUAAUCAACUUACUUCUACUGAUGAUCCAGAUCUUCAGAAUACAUUCUUUUACAAGCUCUGUAAGCAGAAGACAUUGGAAAAUUUCAAAAACAUUAUCCUGGUAUCUUCCCCACAGGAUGGUUACGUUCCUUACCAUUCUGCCAGAAUUGAACUGUGCCAGGCAUCGUCUUGGGAUCAGUCAAAGAAGUCUCACAUCUUCAUGGACAUGCUCAACAAUUGCUUGGAUCAAAUCCGUGCUCCUUCAUCUGAACGGAGAGUAUUCAUGCGGUGUGAUGUGAAUUUUGACACAUCUUCUCAAGUGAGGAACUUGAAUACAAUCAUCGGGCGAGCAGCACACAUAGAGUUUCUUGAGACCGACAUAUUUGCAAAGUUCAUCAUGUGGUCCUUUCCAGAAUUCUUCCUUUGACGAGUGCACUUGUGAAACAGCUUUAGCUUCUCGUGUUCUCACUUCUUUGUCAUCCAUUUCUGUUGUCCCCACUAACAUUAGUGCAGCUGCUAAUAUGAUAUGCUAAGAGGUCAUUACGAUGCUCUGGGAGUGAACACAUGGAGCAUCGAGCUGGAAUGAAACACAUAGGAGUCUGUUGUAUAGUAUCUUCAUUCUAAAAUUCAUUUAUUUCAUUCCUUUUUUUUUCAUGAAUGUACAUGUAAUCACCUUUCUCAUAUAUAACAUUAUUUAAUCUUUUUCCUCACAGAAUUCUGCGAGGUUAUGUAAAGGUAAUAUGCAUCUGGUAAGUGUAAAUAUAAUAAGCUGGAAUUAGGAGUGUUUCAUAGUA